UCAGUGGAGGGAUUGGCAGAGAGGGAUGGAGGACACUGAGUGGAGGCCAAUGGAGGGAUUGGCAGAGAGGGAUGGAGGACACUGAGUGGAGGCCAAUGGAGGGAUUGGCAGAGAGGGAUGGAGGACACUGAGUGGAGGCCAGUGGAGGGAUUGGCAGAGAGGGGAUGGAGGACACUGAGUGGAGGCCAGUGGAGGGAUUGGCAGAGAGGGGUGGAGGACACUGAGUGGAGGCCAGUGGAGAAAUUGGCAGAGAAGGAUGGAGGACACUGAGUGGAGGCCAGUGGAGGGAUUGGCAGAGAGGGGAGGAGGACACUGAGUGGAGGCCAGUGGA